AUGACGCAACAGCCAAACGAGGCCAUUCCAGCCAGCGAUGUCGUGGAAGAUGAUACUAAAGAGCCCUUCCAACUGCCCGUUUCUGCUUCGGAUACUAGUGACGAUGUAGAGGCGAAUAGCAGCGAGGAGCAGUGCGACACACAGUGUACUACGCCCGGAGAAAAGGGCGGAGAGAAUUCAAAUUCAAAUGCAGGUCAUGCUUCGGAGAAAUCCAGCGCUAUCGUCCAAGACCAGCCAGAAUCGACACCUGAGGGACCUCCAGAUGGCGGAACGGCAGCCUGGCUGACGGUUGUUGGAGGAUUUUGCAGCAUGUUCGUCAGUUUUGGCUGGACUAAUUAUGAUUAA